AUGGAAAAUUUGGCGACAUUAGAUCUCUCUCAUAACAACUUGCUAGUUGAUGGAAAUUUAGUUUCUAACCAAAGUCAUCAGUCACCAUUCCCUAAAUUGAGCAACCUCAUGUUGGCUUCUUGCAAGUUGAGCGAGUUUCCAAGAUUUCUCAGACAUCAAUCCAAUUUGUUGUACCUUGACCUAUCCAGCAACCAAAUUCAAGGAACAAUACCCAAUUGGAUUUGGAGGUUUCAUUCAUUGGUUUUCCUAAAUCUUUCCAACAAUUUUCUAACAGAUUUGGAAGGUCCUUUUCAAAACAUUAGCUCCAAUUUGUUUUCUCUUGAUCUUCAUUCCAACCGACUCAAAGGCCCAACUCCCAUACUUCCAAAAAAUGUGUUCCAUUUGGACUACUCAAGCAAUCAGUUCAGCUUAAUUGACCCACCAGAUAUCGGUAACCAUAUCCCUUUCGCAACUUCUCUCUCCCUUGCAAAUAAUAGUUUUCAGGGGAAAAUCCCAGAAUCCCUCUGUAACAUGUCUUCUCUUCGAAUGCUUGAUCUUUCUGAUAAUCAAUUCAAUGGUUCCAUUCCUGAGUGUUUGAUAAGAAUGAGUUCAACUCAUAGGGUGUUGAAUCUAGCUGGAAACAACCUCAUAGGCCAUAUUUCAGACACAUUUUCAACUUCUUGUGCCCUCCAAUUCUUAGACCUAAAUGAAAAUUUCUUGAGUGGUAAAAUCCCAGCAUCUUUGGUUAAUUGCCUUAAACUGCAAGUCAUAAACCUCGGAAACAAUCAAUUGACGGAUAGAUUUCCGUGUUUCUUAGGGAACAUACCCACCCUAAGAGUCAUUAUUCUCAGGUUAAAUAGAUUUUAUGGGAGCCUUGAAUGUCCAAGUACCAAUGGAAAGUGGAAGGCACCUCAAAUUAUUGAUGUGGCGUCAAAUAAUUUAAGUGGUGUUCUACCUGUUGCACUUUUGCAAAGUUGGAAAUCAUUGAUGACGCCUGAUGAAGAUGAUAGCAAAUCAAAGUUGGGCCAAUUGUAUAUUGACAUCUAUGACAACAUUAAUCUCAUGGACGUCAACGUUGGAAUAUCCUCUGUGAACAAAGAUCUUGCAUUGGAGCUAGCCAAAAUUAUAGCAGUAGAAUCACAAUUUGUGAUCAAUAGCAUAUUCUUUGAUGUCAAUGCAUAUGAUUUUGGUCGUCGUAGCUACUUGGAUUCAGUGACAAUUGUCAACAAAGGAAGACAACUAAAGUUGGUCAAGAUUUUGGUCGCCUUUACUUCCUUGGAUUUCUCAUCCAAUCAUUUUGAAGGGCCAAUACCAGAGGAAAUUAUGAAUUUCAAAGCACUUCAUGCAUUGAACUUGUCAAAGAAUGCUUUUUCAGGUAAUAUUCCUUCAUCUGUAGGAAACUUGAAGCAUCUUGAAUCAUUAGACUUGUCAAUGAACUCUAUUAGCGGGAGAAUUCCAUCAGAACUAGCAAGUUUAAAUUUCCUUGCAGUUCUCAACCUCUCCUAUAAUCAUCUGAUAGGGCCAAUCCCAACAGGCACUCAAAUUCAGUCAUUUGAGGCUGAUUCCUUCAAAGGAAACAAUGGUUUAUGUGGGCCUCCAUUGAUACAAAAUUGCAAUUUUGAUGAUGUACCAGGAUUGUUGACCCCGACAUCGUCAUCCAAAACAUCUGAUGAAUCAAAUCAUGGCAGUGACAUUGAUUGGAAUUUCUUAAGUGCUGAAUUGGGAUUUACUUUUGGCCUUGGUAUUAUUAUCUUUCCCAUUAUUUUUUGUCAUCAAUGGAGGUCUCGAUACUUCAAAUAUGUAGACGACAUGCUGUAUAAGGUUAUCCCUCAGAUUGAUUUCACAUAUGAACACCGUGGAGGGCAAACUUAUAGAUCCUUAAGGUGGAAACCUUUCUGA